AUGCUGAGUCACGACGAAAGCGCCAACCUACGCAAGUUCAAGUGCAAUGACUGUGACAAGGCCUUUAAGUUCAAGCAUCAUCUCAAAGAACACUUGAGGAUACAUAGCGGAGAGAAACCUUUCGAAUGUGCCAAUUGUGGAAAAAAGUUUUCUCAUUCCGGCUCUUACUCUUCACACAUGACAUCUAAGAAAUGUCUAGUCAUGAAUUUGAAAAUGGGAAGAAUUAAACCGAAUAACCCCGCACUGAAUCCUGACCGAAGCCCGUCGAGAAAACGUGCAAAUGCAUUGGUCGCGUCUCAAUUAAAACAUAACAUGGCGCCAAACGGAUUCUUACCAAUAUUGCCAAAGUACAACGAAGCAUUUUUUGCAUCGAUGUCUUCACAGGAUCCAAACUAUCACAGACCGCCUCUAGCUCAACCAGGAUUAAAUCCCUUCUACAUGCCACCCGGAAUACCAAUGAGCCCCGAGUCAGGAAUGACUCCCUACAGUUUUCCUGCGUCAUUAAGCCAAUUGUUCCAACAACUAGCUACACAGCAGUAUCAACAACGGAAAAUAGAGAGUCCUGAUCCAAAACAGAUGAGUCACUCUUCACAUAACGUAGAAGAUCUCAUUGAAGAAAUUCCCGAAGAAGACGAUAAACAUUCAGAAGGCAGCGCAGAACUUGUUAUGGAUAUUGAAGAAGAUGAAGCUGUUGCGGUAAAAAAGGAACACGAAAACGAAGAUCAUGAUCUAAGAAUACCAUUUCGCAAUUAUGACUCCGUCCCUUCAAAUAACAACGGCCCUUCAAUUGACAAUAAUAAUGGAUAUAAUUUAAUAUUAGAUUCGGUUAAUAAAAAUUAUUUUAGAGCUAAUUUGGAAACAUUAUCACCUAUUUCUGGCAAUGUUUGUCCGAGCAUAGACAAACCGCUGACACGAAACAUUGUCGUCAAAGAUGAACCUAACGACAGUCAGAAUUGUAGUAAAUGUAACUUGACAUUUGAAAACAAGAAUGAUUUAAUAGAGCAUGAGAAGUUACUGUGUGGAAACGUUUUUCGAAAACAUGAGGGGUUGGCUGCGCAAGUUGCCGAAACCGUAGCAUUAAAUAGGUUAGAAGCAGAAAUUAGAACAUCGAUGCAGAGUGGUAUUAGUGCUAGCGAAGACGAAGAGUUUGGAAAGGACGACCGCGAUGAUAAGUCUGUUCAUGACAAUGACAGAAAAAUAAGAGUAAGGACGGCAUUAAAUGAGGAACAACAGAUAAUUCUAAGAGCACACUAUGCCUUUAAUAAGCGACCAAACAGAGAUCAGUGUAAGAAAAUUGCUAACAAAAUAGGUCUGGACAAUAGAGUUGUGCAAGUAUGGUUUCAAAAUUUUCGAGCGAGAGAAAGGCGAAUGAGUUUAACAGCAACUCCUUCAGAUCAACCCCUUGAUUUGUCAACCAGGAAAUCAAAUAUUUCCGUCACUUCUAGUCCGUCACCGUCCCCUCCAUGUAGUAUUUCGGUAACACAUUCGGACUCCGAAGAAGCGGUUAAUUUGAGCCAAAAAUCUUCCAGGAGUACAACACCAUACCGCACCGCUUACGUUAACCCUUACCCACAUUCCAAUUGCUCAUCCUCCUCUCACACCGACUUCAGAUUGUCACCGUCUCCGGGAGAAACUAUUACUGCCCAAAAACGACCUUUGCAUAAAGUGGCAGUAAAUCCUUUAAUACCAAUGGAUAAACUUCUCCAGUACAAUGAUAUUGCUAAUGGCCGGCCGUCCAUGUUGAACAUGCAUAUAAUGACAGACCAUCGACAGAGUGCAAGCCCCUCGUACGAACGUUCCACUUGGACUGAAGAGGUCCAAGCCCAUCAUGACUUUGAUGAUGAAUCCAAUUUACUCAAGAAAAGCAAGUUAAAGGGAAAUGAUAUUAAAGAAGGAGAAGGACAGUUUGUCUGUGAUCAGUGUGACAAGACCUUCGUCAAGCAAAGUUCAUUAGCUCGACACAAAUAUGAACACUCAGGUCAGCGGCCAUAUAAAUGUGCCGAGUGCCCGAAAGCAUUUAAGCACAAGCACCAUCUGACGGAGCACAAGAGGCUGCACACCGGGGAGAAGCCGUUUCAGUGCUGCAAGUGCCUCAAGAAGUUCUCCCACUCCGGCUCCUACAGUCAGCACAUGAACCAUCGAUUCGCCAUUUGCAAACCUUAUCGAGACUAA